AUGUCGACCAUUCAACAGCUCAAGAACUUUAUUCGCCAUGGCAAGCAAGCACGCACUGCCAAUUUCGCCGACGAACGCAAGAGUGACGCCGCUUCCCAGCCCGUACCACAGCCGCCUCCUGAAAAGACCGUGGCAACAGGUCCUCUCAGGAAAAUUGACGAGGCGAAUCUGGCUCAGAUCAUUGCCGAGGAGAAUGCCAGCAAGAGCAAGUUCCCCAAGUAUCCCGACCUGGAACGCUGGGAACUCCUCGAGAAGAUGGGCGACGGCGCCUUCAGCAAUGUCUAUCGUGCCCGCGAUUUGCAAGGAGAGCAUGGCGAAGUGGCCAUCAAGGUCGUGCGCAAGUACGAGAUGAAUCGCAUGCAAGGAAACAAACAUUUACAUCCAGACUUCAAGAAGAUACCAAAGGCUGCAGAGCGCUCCAACAUUCUCAAAGAGGUCCAGAUCAUGCGCCAGCUCGAUCACCCCAACAUCAUCAAGCUCAUCGAAUUCUCCGAGUCCAAGCAGUACUACUACAUCGUUCUGGAGCUGGCUCCUGGUGGCGAACUAUUCCACCAAAUCGUACGACUGACCUACUUCAGCGAGGAGCUCUCUCGCCAUGUCAUCGUGCGAGUCGCCAGAGCGCUCGAGUACUUGCACGAGGAGAAAGGCGUUGUCCAUCGUGACAUCAAGCCAGAGAAUAUCCUCUUCAACCCGAUACCGUUUGUUCCGUCCAAGCACCCGAAGCCGAAGCAGCCCGGAGACGAGGACAAGGUCGAUGAGGGCGAGUUCAUCCCCGGCUUGGGAGCCGGCGGCAUCGGCGAGAUCAAGAUUGCAGACUUUGGCCUGUCCAAGAUCGUCUGGGAGGCACAGACCAUGACGCCUUGUGGCACCGUUGGCUACACUGCACCCGAGAUCGUCAAGGAUGAGAGAUACUCCAAGUCGGUGGACAUGUGGGCGCUUGGCUGUGUGCUCUACACCCUGCUCUGCGGAUUCCCGCCCUUCUACGAUGAGAGCAUCGAGGUGCUCACCGAAAAGGUUGCCAAGGGCCAGUACACCUUCCUGUCACCAUGGUGGGACGACAUUUCGUCUUCGGCUAAGGACCUUAUCAGCCACCUGUUGACAGUGGAUCCCGACAAGCGUUACACCAUCAGAGAAUUCCUCGCUCACCCCUGGAUCCAAGAGGUUGGCCCGACGCCUCGAGACGAGAAGGCACCGGGCAUGGUGCCGCUCAAGCAGUUCGCCGCCACCCAGUUUGAAGAGAACGGAAAGCGGUACGACUUCCGAUCUCCCGCUGCCGUCAAUCUUCGCGAGGUGUUCGAUGUCAGCUAUGCCGUCCACCGCCAGGAGGAAGAGGCAAAGAGGAGAGCGCAGAUUGGAGCGCGGGCCGGCGGUGCGGGACGUCCCCUCGGUGGCCUCAACGAAGAGGAAGAAGAGGACGAGGAAGAAGAAGAGAGCGAUGUCGAUAACAUGGACGUGGAUGAAAAGUCCGCCCACCACAACGACAAGACGCGGGCCCUGGAGCAGAGCAUGCAAAGAGCCAACAUCCAGGACCAUGACACCGCCCAGAGCCGAGGACGGGAGCGAGAACGAGCCAGCGAGCGAGGCUACGGGCAGCACUCGGCGGCCGUGACCGCUGCCGCACGCCAGCAGGUGCGGGAGAGGCAACGCCAAAAGGGCGCGUUCGAGCUCAAUCUCGACAACGCAACGCUGCUGGGCAAGCGAGGCAAGAAGGUUCCCGUCAUGGGAGCAUAG